AUUUUAAAAUAUUUCUACCACGCGAGUUGUAAAAGUUAAAGCAAGGUUACGGUAUAGACAAUCUAGCUAUUAAGUACAGUUUUUACAUUGUCCAUUAGAAGGCAGUAGAGAGCUUUUGCGCCGUGUAUGUGUGAAAGACAGCGAGCAGAGGAGACGAAGAAGAGUUUGGAGUUUCCGCGGCACUGUUUGGGUUUGAACUGGCGUUAGCGGUUGACUGAGGUUCGGUUACACGCUGCGUUCACAAAGUAAAAAUAUAUUGUGGUCGUGUUUAGACAGUUGCUUUUACUUAUAUGAUUAUUUUUCGAACUAAUAUCUAGUCCAUUCGUUAGUUAAUUGACGUAAUAUAACGCUUAUAUCUUCUAACCAACAUUAAGAUGGAAACAGCAUUAGAUUGGUAGUAUUUCAUAUGGCUGGGGUCAUGUUGGGUUUCAUUGGGAUCAUGUAGAUGUGUUAAAAGUGAUAAAUACGAAUGAAAAUAUUGCCAAUGCGGUUUGACAGCUAACGUUUGUAGAGUAUCUCAUACGCAGCCUGCACUGUGGUUGCCAUGGAGAAGAAACCAAACACAAUAAAGCAGACUGCUGCCAAGAUAAAGACAAAAAUUCACAACACAUCAUCGUUCUUUAAGCUCUCUUUGAAAACCAACAACAAGGCCCUUGCCUUGGCUCUGGUUGCUCAGAAAGAGAAAUCCAAGCAGCUUGAAAUGGAAACGGUGCGUUUACAGAAAGAUCUGCAGAACCUCAGGUUUGAUCUUGCCAUACAGCGUCAUAAAAAUACAAAAAUGUUAAGGGUUCUGCGUGAAUUUUAUAAUAACUCCUUCAACUUUAUGGCUAAGGCAGUGGACCUAUUUUCCAAAGAAGAGGGUGCUGAGAGCGCAGACACUGAGAUCCCAGAAGAGUCUUCUCAGACUGAGAAAGAUGCAACAUCAUUGUUACCUGGGCAAAAAAACAGAACCAGUCUAUACAAAUCAGGGCAACAGAAGAACACAGAGGGCCCUAGUGGAAAAGUGUCGAUGCUGAAUGAUGAUCAGCCUCAUAGUUCUUCACCUCAGAGCAAGGAAAAGCCACAUAGUCCAAAGGUUGACAAUACAGCACCUCAAAAUGCUCUGUAUGAGUCAGAGAUGGAGAUCACUGUAGUUGAUAAUGUUGCUGAAAUUGUCACAGUUCAGACCAAGCCAAAGAAAAGUUGUAAGAUUGAUCAGAGGAAAACAAGCAAAAACAGUGAUCCGUGUUCAGCACGGAGUAGAGAGAGCAUUGUGCUGAAUUAUGAUCAAGAAGCGAUGGAGUCCUCUUGUCCAAAAAGUACAACUGUGAAUACGUCUAUGCGAACAUCUUGUGAAACAGACCUUCAAACAAAUACACACAACAAGAGUGAAGAAGAGAGUUUGCCUCAGCGUGUAGAGCUUCUGCAUGUGGAGGAAGAAUCGGUCACUGCACAAAGAAAGACUCACGUCACAUCUCGCUACACAAAAAGCAACAGGAGAUUAGAUUCUCAAAAGCUCUUCGCAGGAUAUACCAAUAAAAAGCAAAUCUAUGUCAUUCCUCCACACGAGUCCAGCUUUACUUCUGCCAGUAAUGAUUUAGAGGAUUAUUUUAGUGACCAAGGAGUCCAAAGUCAUAGGAGGAGCAAGGAAAGUUUAUAUGACUCUAUGUCUAAAGACAAAGACAUUGAAAGUGAAGCUGAAAUGCUGAAACCACAAAACAACAGUGAAAACAGCAGGAAAACAUACGUAAUCCCACACAGUUCAAGACCACAGGACAGGAGGACUAAAGUUUCUUCUUUCAGUAUUGAUCUUAGUGUAAAGGAGAGUUCUAAAUGUAUUGAUUUUCACAAUGAUGUCCAGGAAAUCUGUUCCGAAAAGCGGCAAAGCAUGCAGUCAACUCAGUCACUGUCUCGGACAGGAGAAUGCAACACACUAAGAAACAGAGGAACAUAUGUGAUCCAUACAGGUCAAAUUUCUGCCUGCAAUGACCCCCCGAUUCAUACAUUAGACACUCAUACACAUGUCACAUCUAGGGAAACAGCAAAUGAAAUUUCUUUGCAAAGUACAAAUACUGACCAGUGUUCCUCAGGGAUGCAAUCAGAUCAAGAGGUGUCUCAUUUACCUGAAAACAGAAAGGCUGUCUGUGAUGAGAAUGUUUUUGACAAUCUAUUUGAUCAUUCUCCAAUAGGGCACACAAAAGCCAAGAAGCCUAAGACAGCAGUGCCAAAAGAAAGAAAGAAGAAUUUUACAACAAAAGAAAAUGCAUCAACAAAGAGAAGACAUAAGUAUAGCUUUACUCAGACUGGUGACAUUUUGCCAAAAGAAAUUCCAUUACCAGCAGACAACAAAAAGAAAAACAGCACAUCCACUAAUUUGUUCCAGGAGGUAACAGAAAGCCUACAUUCUUCUGCUCACGAGGAAGCCUUUAUGGAUGAGCCUGCAACUGAGACUGGGGACACAAACAGCACUCAUUUGAGACACUUUGACCAUAAUGAUGAUUUGGAUACUAUUAAUGACAUUGACAUAAAUUUGAAAGAUGCCAGUCAAAAGCAUCACAAUACCCAAAACGCCAAGAGCAAGUGUAGAGAAACUUAUGUUGUCUUGUCCAAUUGCAAUUCACAGUUAAACGGAAAGGAAAAUGUUCCUUUUAUGAGCAGCAAUGAAGAGGGGUUAAUUGCAGAUAGGACAUUUGUUCCUCAUCAGGACAGUGACAGUCAAUCGACACCGAUAAGAGCAGAGCAGGUUAGGCAGAAACACAGUGGAUUAUUCUCUGAAGACAGGCCACCUUGGGAAUCUCUGGAUUAUGGCUCCACUGAAAGUUUUAUGUCUGACAGUCCGGUGACUAUCCAGAAGAAUACACAAGAGAUUUCAUCAGAAACUAUGAACAUUUAUGAGGAACCUGAGUGGAAUAUGUCUCACCUAUCUCCAGAUGGGAGGGCAAUGAAGAGCUUAACAAACACAGACUUGACUGCCAAUCCAUUGGGCCGAUCCCGUAGGAAAGCAGCUCCCGUGUCCUACAAGGAGCCGCCUCUCAACUGCAAAAUGAGGCGUGGAGACAAGUUCUCAGACACCAAAUUCUUACAUUCACCAGUGUAUAAAGAUAAAAAGAAGAAAAGUUUAAGAAAAAUGCAGAGUAAAUGCCCAAUUUAAGUAGGAUUUAUACAGUUAUUAUAUACUCUUAACCUUUACGUUGAUUGUAUUUCUUUUUUUUUUUUUUUUUUUUUAACAUUUAUUUCAAUAUAUUUUUGCAUAAAAAAUUUUAGCAUUUAAAUACCCUGUCAUUAUAGAGCAAUUAUGAGAACACUUUGCUUAAAUCACCUAUAGAAUUUAAUCUCUCUAUCGGUUGCUAUGGUAGUGGCGUGUUGACGUGACUGUCGGGUAGUGAAUGAAUAAUACAGAAUGUGUUCACCUGAGACGUGUGCUGUAGCUGCAGAAUAGAGUUGUUUUUGUACCUUCUAUUAUACACAGUAACAAGUGGCUAGAUUCUGUUUUGUUUUGUUUGUUUUUUUUUGUAAAUUUUUUUUUUUUUUUUUUUACUUUUCUUGUAUGUGUUGAAUGUGUUCAGGAGCAUUUGGUGAGUUUGACUGUUUUAUUAUUUGAGUCAAAUUAAAAGACUUCUCAUCUGUGGUUUUUCAUAUAAUUGCAGCUUUUAUUUUUUUUUAGUUUUUCUGAGCUAAACUGCUGUUUGUGUAAUGAUUUUGAAAGUUUGCACAUAUUUAAUCAAAAUCGGAUUUUCUGCAUUGUGUAUAGCCCGUGGAGGUUAUUAACCAAGAGGUGAUUGGAGCCUGAAAUGUUGUUCUUUUUUUUUUUUUAGUGUACAGUGCUUUUUUUCCCACAUUAUUUCAGUGUGUACAUUUGGAAAUAAAUGUCCUUCUGAUCCA